AUGCGCCUUAGUUCUCUCCUUUGGGGCUGUGAACGUGGGGUCGAAGAGCGCGUGCGCGGCGGGCGGCGGGCGGCGGGCGGCGGGCGGCGGGCGGCGGGCGGGCGGCGGGCGGCGGGCGGGCGGCGGGCGGGCGGCGGCGGCGGGGCCUGGGCUGUCAGCCGGCCUAGGAGGAGGAAGGAGCCUGCAGCGUGCAGUGUGAGGGGCGGGACCCGGCUGCCGGCGGUUGGUCUAGCUGGGGGAGGUCGGGCCAUGCUGGUGGGCCAGGGCGCGGGGCCGCUGGGGCCCGCGGUGGUCACCGCCGCGGUGGUGCUGCUGCUGAGCGGUGUGGGGCCGGCGCACGGCUCGGAGGACAUCGUGGUGGGCUGCGGUGGCUUCGUCAAGUCGGACGUGGAGAUCAACUACUCGCUCAUCGAGAUAAAGCUGUACACCAAGCAUGGGACUUUGAAAUACCAGACAGACUGUGCCCCUAAUAAUGGUUACUUUAUGAUCCCUUUGUAUGAUAAGGGGGAUUUCAUUCUGAAGAUUGAGCCUCCCCUGGGGUGGAGUUUUGAGCCGACGACCGUGGAACUCCAUGUGGAUGGAGUCAGUGACAUCUGCACAAAGGGCGGAGACAUCAACUUUGUCUUCACUGGGUUCUCUGUGAAUGGCAAGGUCCUCAGCAAAGGGCAGCCCCUGGGUCCUGCGGGAGUUCAGGUGUCUCUGAGAAACACUGGGACCGAAGCAAAGAUCCAGUCCACAGUUACACGGCCUGGCGGAAAGUUUGCAUUUUUUAAAGUUCUGCCUGGAGAUUAUGAAAUCCUCGCAACUCAUCCAACCUGGGCGUUGAAAGAGGCAAGCACCACAGUGCGUGUAACCAACUCCAAUGCCAAUGCGGCCAGUCCCCUCAUAGUUGCUGGCUACAAUGUGUCUGGCUCUGUCCAAAGUGAUGGGGAGCCCAUGAAAGGGGUGAAGUUUCUUCUCUUUUCUUCUUUAGUAACUAAAGAGGAUGUCCUGGGCUGCAAUGUCUCACCAGUGCCUGGUUUCCAGCCCCAAGACGAGAGUCUGGUGUAUUUGUGCUACACGGUCUCCAGAGAAGAUGGCUCGUUCUCUUUCUAUUCCUUGCCAAGUGGGGGCUACACUGUGAUUCCGUUCUAUCGAGGGGAGAGGAUUACCUUUGAUGUGGCGCCUUCCAGACUUGACUUCACAGUGGAGCAUGACAGCCUGAAAAUCGAGCCCGUGUUCCACGUCAUGGGAUUCUCCGUCACCGGGAGGGUCUUGAACGGACCCGAAGGAGAUGGUGUUCCAGAAGCAGUAGUCACCCUGAAUAACCAAAUCAAAGGUGGGCUGACACAGCAGCCCCAGGCUGAUGGCCAGCGCUUUAAAACAAAAGCUGAUGGCUCAUUCCGCCUUGAGAACAUAACCACAGGGACAUACACCAUCCAUGCUCAGAAAGAGCACCUCUACUUUGAAACGGUCACCAUCAAAAUUGCACCGAACACACCUCAGCUGGCUGACAUUAUUGCAACGGGGUUCAGUGUCUGUGGUCAGAUAUCAAUCAUUCGCUUCCCCGACACCGUCAAGCAGAUGAAUAAAUACAAAGUUGUCCUGUCAUCUCAAGACAAGGACAAGUCUUUGGUCACCGUGGAGACAGAUGCUCAUGGAUCAUUUUGUUUUAAAGCAAAACCAGGGACUUACAAAGUGCAGGUGAUGGUUCCUGAGGCAGAAACCAGAGCAGGGCUGACGUUGAAACCCCAGACAUUUCCUCUUACUGUGACCGACAGGCCGGUGAUGGAUGUGGCCUUUGUACAGUUCUUGGCAUCAGUUUCUGGGAAAGUCUCUUGUUUGGACACCUGCGGUGACUUGCUGGUGACUCUACAGUCCCUGAGCCGCCAGGGUGAGAAGCGGAGCCUCCAGCUCUCCGGCAAGGUCAACGCCAUGACUUUCACCUUUGACAACGUGCUCCCUGGAAAAUACAAAAAAAUCAGCUUGGGGCUGCUGGCAGUGGAUAGCUUAUAA